AUGGCCGACCCUGAACCGCCUUCUCCCGUGCCGCAGUACAGUGAAGCUCAACUGAGUGAAAAGCAACCCUUGCUCUCACAUAGAGGAAAAUCCUCAGCUACAUACAGGCAAUGUUGCUGCUGCUCUCUUGGAACAAGUGUGACCGUCUGGGCGGUCUUCCUCUUGGCUCUGUCCACGUACAUCUUGUUUGACCCAAAUAUAUCCGGCGCUGCCUACACAGCCGGCGGUGUUGUAGGGCUUGUCACUGCAGUUUUGCUUCUCUCUGCUAUUGGGAAAAGGAACGCUUUUCCUGCUUUUGUGGCAGUGUAUACUCAGAUCGCUUUGAAUAUAAUAUGGGCCCUGCAGCUCGGUCUCACCGGUUACCUAUACUGGAGGGUACUACAAAGCAAUAGAACGGGUAAAACCACCUACAACCUCGCCAGAGCUGGAUGGAGCCAACAAUCGGGUUCAGAAAUUUCCCCAGCAGCACGCUUCUUGUCCCUAGAUUUGCAACUUAGCGUCGUCCUCUGCGCCCGAAGCGUCCUGCUUGGGUUGCUCUUGCUUCUAUCCCACACUAACCUCCGUCUUCUCUGGAGCUUUUACCGUGUUUUACAAGCUGGUGGUACAACUUUCGAGUUCAAAACUGCAGAAGAGAUCGAAGAACAGGCGCUUCAAGCUCAGCUUCCCACGCCCCUUAGUGUCCCACCUACUCCAAGGUAUUGGGACCCGCUGACGCAGGGACCAUUUCGCGCAGGAGAGGCUGCAACUCCCUGGUAG